GACAUUUUAGCACAAUAGCUGUGGGACGGUGGUGUUUCUGUAGGACUUUUAAAUGUUAAAUUGACUUUACCUUUGAAAAAUUCUAAAUCAGGACUUUAAAUUAAGGCCAGCUUAAGCUGUGGAUUUUCCAAUAUUCAAAUGUGUGUUUUAUGUAUUUUGUUUCAGGUCAAUUAAUUAUAUAUAGGGUAUGUUAAUCUCGACUUAACUUUCUUCUGAAACCAGAAACUGUUUUUCUCUUCAAGGAACAGCAGAUUUUUUUUUUCUUUAGAAAGAGACACCUGGCAGCUCUGUAACCAUGGGAGAAUGGGACUUCCUCGGUGGCCUGUUUGGAAACCUCCAGGCCGACUCACCAAUGCUUGGACGUUUCUGGCUCUUCCUCAUGUUAGUGUUUCGGAUAGUGAUACUGGGAACUAUUGCGACUGACAUGUUUGAAGAUGAACAAGAGGAGUUUUCCUGCAACACUCUCCAGCCGGGCUGCAAGCAGGUGUGUUAUGAUAUGGCUUUCCCCAUCUCCCAGUACCGAUUCUGGGUGUUUCAUAUCGUCCUGAUUGCUACGCCAUCCUUGGUUUACCUCAUGUAUGCCACUCAUCAUCGUCACAAAAGGACCUCACGCCCUAAGACGAAAAAAGACCAAAUUCAGAACAUCAUAGAUGAGCGCCGCUUGAGGAGGCUGUACAUCAUAAACGUGGUCUUUCGACUCGCUGCUGAGGUGGGCUUCUUGGUGGGCCAGUGGUGGCAGUACGGCUUCAAGGUGGAAGCACAGUUCCCCUGUAGCCGGUUUCCCUGCCCCUACACAGUUGACUGCUUCACCUCCCGCCCUGCAGAGAAGACAAUCUUCCUCCUCUUCUACUUUGCUGUGGGGGUCCUAUCAGCACUUUGCAGCUUGGCAGAACUUUUCUACAGCUACACCAAGUGGUUCUGCUGCAGCCAGGAGCCCCUUGAUCAGGAACACUACACUAGUCAGAAUCUGCAGAACCUGCUGCAAUAUCAGUUAUAUAAGCCAGAGGAAAAGACGUCGUCAGACAGUGGAGGCAGCAGCACGAGGCUAAAGAAAGGAUCGGGGGGAAAAAGCAGCAAAAAGGCCUCCAGCAUCAGGGGCAAGAGGGGGAAAUAUGUGAACAACAGGACACAAAUAGUGUGAGAACUCCCCCACCGACACCAUCACUAUUUCCUCUUUAAAAAUAUUUCUAUUAUGUUUGUAAUUUAUGUAAGAUCUAAUGAAAUGAACUUGAGACCAGAAUGAUAAGUAAAUCAUUGUUACAAUGCUGGGCUCAUGAAUCACUGAAGACUAAACACACAAUGAGGCAGGGGACUUGACAGGAAAAAACUCCACAAACCUAUUUAACUCUACCUUGGCUGACAGAGAGUGGAGGUGUCAGAGCUAAAGGUAGCAGAGCUGGCUCUGUAACAAUAACAUAAUAGUGAAAAGUAAAAGAUAAACAAUUAAAUAUUGUACAUUAAAGUAUUUUAACAAUAUAAAUACUGUGAACCUGGAGAAUAAAUAACCAAUAACAGCUAUGGACAAUUUUUACAAUAAUGGACAUUUGAAAAGAGCAACAACAUUAGUUAUUUGCAAAAUGACAGCAGCAUGUUAUUUAACUGACUAAAGUAGAAACUGUAAAAUCAGCAUGAAUUUAACAACUUAUUAAGGUUGUUGGAAACAUUUAUGGUUAUAAAUUCUUACAGAGGGCAUCAAAUCACAGAGCUGGCCUAU